AUGCCCGCCACGGCACCGGCCGACGUCGUGGCGGCCAUCCGGCCGGCGACCCCGGCCUACAAGACCCCGGUGCCCCUCCCUCUAACCCUAGCCCCCGACCCCCCUCGCUCGCGCUCUCCCCACAGCCUCUCGCUCACCCCUCCCCCUCUCUCUGUUUUGACGGCCGGGCGGGACGUCACCACGCCGUCGUCAAGCCCGCGGCCACCGGCCACCGCUCGCCGCACCGACGAGUUCAGGAGGAUCGCCAUCGUCGACCUCGUCCAUCCAGAGCGUCAAAUCGAGCGGAGCCGCACCGAUUUGCCGCCAUCGAUCUCGUCUUCGACAUCCUGCACCGACGGCCGCCGUCGUCGAUUCGCUCGACCCCGACCGUCCCCAGCCUCCCCGACCACGUCCCCGGCUCCUUGCUCCGCUGUUGUUGCUGAUUUGCUGAUGCUGCUGCCACUUCCCGCGCCGGCGUACGCCUCCGCCCGCCUGCGUGUGUGCCCCGUCGUAGCCAGGCCACGCCCACGCGCGGCUGCCGCCGCUUGUCACCAUGCAGCGCCGCGCCCCGCGCCCAGCUCGUAUGCAUGCCGCUGCUGCUCUACUGAAUCUACUAUUGCUACUACCUACUGUAGCUAUUACUAG